CCACACUCUCUCAACUUCGCCUGGUAUUGAACUACCUAACUCAACCUCUCAUCCAAUCUUCGAAGCAGUGAACCUGCCGUGUUCAUUCUGCACAUCCUCGCCCCAUCACCAGCGAAUCUCCGCUUCAAUAUUUUUCUUGCAGAGCACAACAACCCCCGACCCCCGCCUUCGUCGCCAUCGACCUGCCUUGACUCGAUCUCUCGAGAAUGCGAUAAUUAAGUCGCAACCCCGCGUCUUUGCUACAUAGGUAUCGUCGUGCAAUCCACGCCUUACCUAACCUGGAUCGCACAAACUCCAGUCGCAGCAGCUACGGAUACCUUGGCCCGACGUGGAAACAUUGGGUCCCGACGACCCCCCGAUUGUGACUGCCCGCCGUAUCGCUGCAUUGCGCUCUUCUGGGCAGCGCUGCCCUCGCGCUUUCCACUGCAUCGCUGCCGUAACCCAUCCCGCAACCCGCAUCGCCUGCCGUGUGUCCGCCCGACCUCGCCGCUUACCCUGAAAAAGAGAUCCAGGACUUACCUUAGGUUGGUCUGGCCAGGCUCUAGGACUGCGGACCGCGGACUGCCUGCCCACCUAACCCCCAGAACGCAGCGAGACCACGCUGUCGUGUCCCACCAUACCUACCCUACGAGCGGAUCUGAAAGAAGAAACGACACAAAAUGGGAAACAACCCCUCGUCCUCGUCCAAGCCGGCCACGCCUGUCUCAUCACAGGACUCUCCCAAGCACCACCACCACAAGAGGGAGUCCAAACACAUCAUCCCGCCCCGGUCUGCCGAGCGAGUUGCUGCCCCGCCUGAACCUUCCCUUACCCAGGCUCAAGGUUCCACGGCCACAAAGGGUCCCAGGCCUCUCCAGGCCAUCCCGAUCUCCAACUUCACCACUGGCUCUCCCUCGUCAAACUCGAGUAACUCCGCCCCGCCGCCGAAGCCCCCAGAAUCGAAGAACAUCGUCCGCGAUGCGCCUAGCAAGCCCGUAGACGUCCCAGCUGCUGCCGCCGCGACAGAAUCCUCCUCCCUCAGAUCGCAUUACUCUGCCCACAUGGUUGAACCACCGCUGGUUGGGAACAGCAGCGUCAACGACAUGUCUUACCUGACACGUCCUCCGCGUAUGCCGCUUCCCAUCGAAGAGGAGAUUCACACUCCGGGCUCGCCCAUCAUCGCCCCUACCGACGCCAACGACGCUGGCGUGGCUGAAGUGGAAACCCUCGAGGAUGGCAUGACUAGGAAGUCCUCGGCCUUGAGCACAAAUACAGUCGAAGAGGAAGAUGGCGAAGAGUUGAUUGUCGAUAAGACACGGCCAACAGUUCCCACUCGUCUCGAAUGGCGCAAGGGAGGAGGCAAGGUCUACGUCACAGGAACCAUCUUCCAAUGGAACCGCAAACAUAGAUUACAUCCUGUCGAUGGCCAGCCUGGCGUGUUUGCAGCCACGAUUCACAUUCUUCCGGGAACACACCAUGUUAGGUUCUUGGUGGACGGAAUCAUGCAGACUUCACCCGACCUGCCAACAACCGUGGAUUUUGGAAACAACCUGGUCAACUUCAUCGAAGUGAGCGCAGAUGACAUCCCGGCAACAGCACCCGUUGAGCCUGGAAAGGACGGUGUGGCUACAGCAGCUACCAUUGACAAGGGCGGCCCGAAGACCUCGGCAUCGCAAACUGAUGAGCAGCCCAAGGCGCCUAGGGGCAAAGAAGUACCCUCGCCCAGUCAAUAUUUCCACCAGAUACCCAAGUACUUGGUGGAUUUCGACCAGCCCGAAGACUCGCCAGCUUACCAGUAUGCGGUUACAGCUAUUGAAAAGUUGCCGACACCUCCAAGCUUGCCAGGGUUCUUGGGUAAGCCCAUCUUGAACGCCGCAGUUCUUAUGAAGGACGACAACAGUGUGCUCAACAUGCCCAACCAUACUGUUCUCAACCAUCUUGCCACCAGCAGUAUUAAGAACAACAUUCUGGCUGUGUCUGCAACGACGCGUUACAAGAACAAGUAUGUUACGACGAUCAUAUACAAGCCCACCACAACAGACGAGUGAUUGGGGGCUUAGGGAUCAUACCGAGGAAUUCCGGCAUUGAGUAGCGAGCCUGCCCCAAGUGUGGAUAAUCGUCACGGAGCUUAGAGUGAUUGCCUUGUGGAAAGAGGCAAAAGAAAUGGACAAAAGAAAUGGACAAAAGAAAUCAAUA